ACCCGUUGGCAUGAUGACCAACAAGUCCAGCUUGCGGUCCAUAAUGAGAGGUAUGGCGAGUGCUUGCUCGCGCGAGCGAAAGCUGGCCGUUGGAUCGCCGAGUAAGGAGCGAAGUCCUUGGUGGCAUUGUGAUGCAAAUUUACAAUGAACUGCUCGGUGACCUGAUUGAGCAAGCGGUUUAUAUGGUGCGGAAGGUGUGGAAAUGGAGGGCCGGAAGCCAGUUGCUGUUGCUGUGGUUGCGAUUGCGAUUGCGAUUGCGAUUGCGAUUGCGGUUGCGGUUGCGGUUGCUGUGGUUGUCGCUCUGGUUGUGUUGUGGGUGCCGCAAUGGCAUCACCAAUAUCUGUAUAUCAAUGAAAUACUCAAUCAGUUCAGAUCUUCCUUUUUUUCUUUUACGCUGUUAGAUAGGAUGGACUCUACGUACGCAGUAACUUCUGCCAUUCUCGCGAGCAGAGGUCAAACGUGUGGAUCGAUUCAGUCGUUAGAAACCAUAAAUCGCUUGACGUUCGAGCAUAGUGCAUGCCCGCAACGGAAGAAGAAUGUGCCGCCUGCAUAUCGAAAAACCCAGGAUCGAAUCGAUUUACAAUUCGUCGGCGCCCAUCUUGUUGCUGCUGCUCGUAUGUUGUUAUAUCGUCGUCGUUGUUGUCACCUUCGACCGUGUCAAUGUCAGGAUGGGCAAGCAACUCUUCUGUUGUUUACAACAGAUGAGUUCCUUGUUGGAGGUGGUGGCGCAUGAAGAAGGUGGCGACAUGGCGAUAGGCUUGAAGCCCGAGACCGGCACCCAUAUGGCUUUGGGUGUACCUAGGAAAAAAUGAUAGCAUACCUGUGCAGUUCUUUACUGAACAUAGGGCUGGUCACGACUUUGCCGUGCGCAACAAAAAGGAAGUUCUGGUAGUUCUCGAUACCAACAACCACGUCUGAUGUGCCCAUCCGGGUUUGAUAAAAGGCAAAGCUACAAGCGAAUGCAGACGAGUUAGCGAUACAACGGUACUAUGAAUUAAGCACUCAAACAACAGCCAAA